CCACACGGAUACAAUGCAGCUGAAUGUCUCAUCCUGAUCCUUCUCCUUUUCUCUCCAUUUCCCACUUGAUGACAAGGAACAGACGGGACAGCAUGAUAUCAGAGGACGCCCCUGAAGUAACGUCACAGACUAAUGGGGCCUCUGCUGCUGAGCCUGAUUCUACGGUACUGGGCCCACAGCGUGGAGGCAUCAUGUUCAUCUGGCAGUGCUGUGACAUGUAACGAGUGUCUCCAGCUCAGUCCUCACUGUGCCUGGUGCACACAGGAGAAUUUCACUGACUGGUUUUCAGUCACUGAAAGAUGUGACACAGUGGACAGACUGAGAGAAAAGGGAUGUGCCAGGAGCCAGCUGGAAUUCCCCGUUUCCAAUGAACAAAUUUUACAAGAUCGCCCACUUGGAAAGAAGACGGCCGAUAAUAACAACAGUCAGAUCUCACCUCAGAAAAUGUCCCUGAAGCUACGGCCUGGAAGUGAGGUGACCUUUCAGGUCAAAAUUCAACACACAGAGGACUAUCCAGUGGACAUCUACUACCUGAUGGACCUGUCAGCCUCGAUGAUUGAUGAUCUGGAGAUGAUCAAAGACUUGGGCUCCUCUCUGUCUAAAGAGAUGGCUCACCUCACCAGUAAGUUUCGUAUGGGCUUUGGCUCGUUUGUGGAAAAGCCUGUCCUGCCCUUCAUCGAGAUCACAGAAGAAGAACUGGCCAACCCAUGCAGCAGCGUGGGCCUCACCUGCCAGCCAACGUUUGGCUACAAACACGUCCUGUCACUGACGAGUAGCAUGGACAAGUUCAACAACAUCAUUGCACAGCAGCACGUAUCUGCAAAUAUUGAUGUGCCAGAGUGCGGGUUUGACGCCAUCAUGCAGGCAGCUGUUUGUGGGGAUAAGAUUGGCUGGAGGAAUGAUUCGAUGCGGUUGGUAGUGUUUGUCAGUGACGCUGACUCACACUUUGGGAUGGACAGUAAGAUGGCUGGUAUUGUAAUUCCCAACGACGGGCAGUGCCACCUGGACACCAAUAACGAAUACUCCAUGUCUACUGUGCAGGAGUACCCCACUCUUGGUCAGCUGAUUGAUAAGGUGGUGGAGAAUAAUAUCUUGCUGAUAUUUGCUGUGACAGAAAACCGGAAACACAACUACGAGAAGUAUGCAAAUCUCAUACCUGGCGCCACAGUUGGAGUCGUGGCGACAGAUUCGAGGAACAUCCUGGAACUGAUUAUAACAGCAUACAAAGAACUGCGUGCAGAGAUUGAACUGGAGGUUCUUGGGGACACAGAGGAGCUCCAGAUGUCCUUCACAACCAUUUGUCCAAAUGGGACUGUCCUCCCAAACCAAAAACACUGUUCCCACAUCAAACCCGGAGAUACGGUCGUGUUCAAUGUGUCUGUGGAGCUUGCAGGCUGUUUGUCUGGAGUUCGACACUUCUCCCUCAAACCUGUGGGCUUCCAGGAGAGUUUGGACGUGGAACUUGACUCCCUUUGUUCUUGUGACUGCCGGCAGCCGUCCGAGACAAACAGCAGCCGCUGCACAGAGGGUCAAGGCUCUUUCCAGUGCGGUGUGUGUGUGUGCCAGCCCGGGUUCUUAGGAGCACAGUGUGAAUGUAACGAAGAAAACGCUUUGAUGAGCAAAUGUCUCGCCAACGAGGAGGCAGAGUUAUGCAGUGGUCAGGGGACAUGUUACUGCGGGCAGUGUGUGUGUCAUGCAUCCAGUUUUGGCCGCAUCUACGGACGUUAUUGUGAAUGUGACAAUUACUCUUGCCCUCGUUUCCGCGGGGAGCUCUGCGGAGGCCACGGAGAGUGUAAUUGCGGGGAGUGUCACUGUCAGAGUGGUUGGACAGGGGAAUAUUGUAAUUGUAACACCAGCACUGAUGCAUGCAUGUCAGCGGAUGGCGCUCUCUGCAGCAGCCGAGGGAACUGUGAGUGUGGCCGUUGUGUCUGCUCUAUACCUGGAGCCUCGGGUGAAAAAUGUGAGAAGUGUCCAACAUGCGGCGAUGCCUGUACAUCUGCAAGGUCCUGUGUAGAGUGUCACCUUCAAGAAGAGGAUGGUGCUGGGGUGUGUGCUGAGAUGUGCAGUGCUCUGAAAGUCUCCUUCAACACAACAGCAGAUUAUGACAAGAGUUCUUCUGUGAAAUGCACCGUGAAAACAGAAAGCGGAUGCUGGAUCUCAUUUAUUGUGGUAGACAGUGACACAGGAACCAUUGCCUGCAAUUUCCACAUGUAUGAUUGCCCAAAGUCUCCCAACAUCCCCAUGAUUAUUCUUGGGGUCUCCCUCUCCAUUGUGUGCAUUGGCUUGAUCCUCCUGGGUGUGUGGAAGGUGCUGGUGUCAGUCCACGACCGUAACGAGGUGGCCAAAUUUGAAGAAGAGAGGGCAAAAGCAAAAUGGCAGACGGGAACCAAUCCUCUGUUCAGAAGUUCAACAUCGACAUUCAAAAAUGUAACUUAUAAGAAUACAGAAAGAGAAAAGAUGACCGUGUCUGGUCAUUAUUGACGUUGUGAUUUUACAAUGAAAAGUACCAUCUUUGUGCACUUGGAUGUGUGUUGUGUUUACGUGUGAGAGAGUGAGCGAAAAAACCAAAAGAGGUUUAAAAAAAAACACUCAGAUUUCUAUGUUGUACAAAUCUCUGUGGUCAGAUGUGCUGUAACACAGUAGCCAACACUGUAAGCAGGCGUCUUUAUUUGCUGCUGCAAAAGUGCACAGAUGGCCUUUUUUAAGGCACCAGUGCACAGUUUAACACUGUAUUACCCUACUGCAAGAUCCCAGUUUGUCAUAAAAUCUUGGGCUAAUGUAAUGUGCAUUUUGAGUGGUUUACUACUGAAAAAUCAUUUUUCGUUCUGCUGUAAGGUUGUGUAUAUAUUUAUAUAUAGGUCAUUGUUUUAUUAAAAAUGGUGGUUUUGUUUGUUUGAAUGCAAAGUCAGGCAGAGCCUUGGAUAUGAAUUGGAGUGUUUAGUUGCAUGGCACAUAAAUAAAGUUGAACUUUGUUUUAUUGUAAAAUGAUUAUUUAAGGAUCAUUAAAGCA